AUGACAUCACCUGCUAGCUUCGAUUUUCUGAGGCUCAACGAUGCGCAACGGCUGGCCGUCUACCAUCAUUUGGGCUUUUGGGCAAAGCGUGAGCUUCGGCGCGUCGCCAAGGGUGCGGAUUGUGCCCGUUCGGAUGUCCGAAUAAUUGACUACACGUUCUGCCCAAACGCUCUGCUAAUCGCAGUGGCCAACCCCGCGAAACACCUCGGAAUGGAAUACAAAGACGAUACCGGCGCGCCGGCGUCGUUUGCCAAGAACCAGUACAACACCACCACGAUGAUCACAUCCCAAGCAGCUCAGCUCGAUUUUUUGAAUCGACUGACUGCUGCGAUGCCCCCUUGUGAAGUCAAUUUCGUUUGUAACCCGUGUCAUAUUGUGGACAGCGAUUGCAUCCGCUAUAAUCUUGAUGUGUGCCGCUGGCCGAUCAAUGCUCUACAUCAAUGUUUGGCCCGCGAUGCGCCGCUGAUUGUGAUGCUCCGUGAAGCACGCAAAACUACCAGCAGACAUAAUUCGGCUGUGGAGAUUUAUUUGCCGGAUACGCCGAAUACUGGGGGGCCGACAGACCCGGCGUGCUUUCAGCAGAUUUUCGAGCAGGUACAUAUCCUCUUCGCCCGUUGUUUUGUGGUUGCUCAUCUGGAGAAAAUACGGGUUAACGCGGGAUAUUUGCGUCCACAUUAUUUCCCCGAGGCUAUUAGCAUCGUGACCGUGUUGCUCGAGGCAGCUUUGGUCCAGUACCCACCCAUCAACAAUGCUCCUCGUCUCACCUUGAUCGACUUUAAUAUUACGUUUUACUAUGGUGAUCAGCUCGACCAUGAACUUCCGGAGCAGCUGCGAGCCUUUCUGACAACGCAGCUUGGACCUGACGACCGCGUGGAGCUCCUCUAUCACACCGAUGUAUGU